UUAUCACGUGAUGCGUAGGCCUCCGAAAAUACUCCCAUGCGCAAUUUUAGCGUACGGAGCAUGCGCGUGUGGAGGAGGGAGAAGUGAUUGGGUUUCGAGGCUACUUAACUUACUCUCUCUCUCUAGCUCUCUCUCAAGAGAGGGCGGGGUUUGGUAUGAGCGCGCGCGCGCAUGCCGCCUGCAUUAUAAUAUUAUGCGCGCGCGUUUGCAGGACGACACGCACGGCGCACGUGAAGACGUAGCUAUUAUAUAUACGUUGAGUUCUUUCUCAGAUUGUGAACAUUUUUUAGUGACGAAGGUGAUCAAAAAGUGGACCAAUACGGGCAGAGGGGUGACCAAGUGAAGAAAUGGAUUGGCCAUCAUCAGACUGGUGAUGUGGCUGGGGCUGGAGUGCUGGUGGCUGGGGUGCUGGGGGCUGCAGUG